GGCUAUCACAGCUACUCCUAGCACCAGUUGCUGGCCAGCCUGCCCACUCGCCUCCCUGCCUGCUUCUAGCUGCCCUGAAUGCCUGGUUCUUCGAGCUCUUUGCGGGUCUGACAAAGCGGGGACCAUGUCUACCUUUGGCUACCGAAGAGGACUUAGCAAAUAUGAGUCCAUCGAUGAGGAUGAACUCCUCGCCUCCCUGUCGGCUGAGGAGCUGAAGGAGCUCGAGAGGGAGUUGGAAGACAUUGAACCUGAUCACAGCCUUCCUGUGGGGCUGAGGCAAAAGAGUCUGACUGAGAAAACUCCCACGGGGAACUUCAGCAGAGAGGCACUGAUGGCCUACUGGGAAAAGGAGUCCCAAAAACUGUUGGAGAAGGAGAGGCUGGGGGAGAGUGGAAAGGCCGCAGAAGAAGACAAGGAGGAGAGUGAGGAAGAGCUCAUCUUCACUGAAACGAACAGUGAGGUUUCUGAAGAGGUGUAUACAGAAGAGGAAGAGGAGGAGUCCCAGGAGGAAGAGGAGGAGGAGGAGGAGGAGGAGGAGGGAGAGGAGGAGGAAGAUAGCCACAAAGAGAAAGAAACCAUCGAAAACGCAAAAGCCAUCAAUGGAACUGUAAACGACAAUGGAGCAGAUUCAGACAACUCCAAGCCAAAGACAUUCAAGAGUCAAAUAGAAAACAUAAACUUAACCAAUGGCCAAAGCAAGAGAAACGCAGAGUCACCCGCGGCCAUUCACCCUUGUGGCAACCCCACGGUCAUCGAUGAUGCUUUGGAAAAGAUCACAAACAAUGACCCGGACACCACGGAAGUCAAUUUGAACAAUAUCGAGAACAUCACAACACCGACUCUCAUCCGCUUUGCCGAGGCCCUCAAGAACAACACGGUGGUGAAGACCUUCAGUCUGGCCAACACGCACGCCGAUGACAGUGCCGCUGUGGCCAUCGCGGAGAUGCUCAAGGUCAACCAGCACAUCACCAACAUCAACGUGGAGUCCAACUUCAUCACGGGCAAGGGGAUCCUCGCCAUCAUGAGAGCCCUGCAGAACAACACGGUGCUCACCGAGCUGCGCUUCCACAAUCAGAGGCACAUCAUGGGCAGCCAGGUGGAGAUGGAGAUCGUCAAGCUGCUGAAGGAGAACACCACGCUGCUGAGGCUGGGGUACCAUUUUGAGCUCCCAGGACCACGCAUGAGCAUGACGAGCCUUUUGACACGGAAUAUGGAUAAACAGAGGCAAAAGCGGAUGCAGGAGCAGAAACAGCAAGAGGGCUACGAUGGAGGAGCCAACCUGAGGACCAAAGUCUGGCAAAGGGGAACUCCCGGCUCGUCCCCUUACGCAUCUCCCAGACAGUCUCCCUGGUCGUCCCCCAAACUUCCCAAGAAAGUGCAAAGUGUGAGGAGCCGGCCUCCCUCUCCAGUGGCCACGCCCCCACCGCCUCCUCCACCCCCACCUCCCCCACAAGCCCUAGCACCACCACCUCCUCCUCCUCCUCCUCCUCCUCCUCCACUCCCUGAAACAAAGCUAAUCACCCGAAACAUUGCAGAAGUUAUCAAGCAGCAGGAGAGUGCUCAGCGGGUACAACAAAAUGGACAGAAAAAGAAAAAAGGGAAGAAAGGGAAGAAACAGCCCAACAAUAUCCUAAAGGAAAUAAAAAACUCCCUGAGGUCUGUACAAGAGAAGAAAAUGGACGACAGCUCAAGACCGUCUACCCCACAGAGGUCCGCCCAUGACAACCUUAUGGACGCCAUCCGGGGAAGCAGCAUCAGACAGCUGAGACGGGUGGAUGUGCCCGAAGCCCUUCGAUAAAAAUCCCGAUCUUUAGAAGAGGAUGCAGAGUUGUUCCCUGAGAAAAUGCAUCGUGAGAUGUUCCCCAAAUACCAUAUUUGAUUGGAUAUCUUCCUGACUUUUAAAUGUAGCCUUACCUAUUAAUUCCAAUGAGAAUCCAAAAGGCAACCACGUUUGCUUUGUAAAUAUGAAAAUAAACUUCUUUUUUAUGCCUUGA